UCUCCUCUUUUUUUUUUCUUUUUUUUAAUAAUUACUUAUCUCUCCAAAAACCCUCGAUUUGAAAUUUAUAAUCGAUCUCUCUUUUUGAAACAAAAGGCUCUCAAACCUCCUGCUUCGUCUCGCGCUCUCUCUCUCUCUCUAUGUGUUUCGGCGUCUAUUAACACGGAACUGAGAAAUGGCACCGACGGUUAGGAAGUCGAGGAGUGUGAACAAGCGUUUCACUAAUGAACAACCCUCGCCAAAGAGGAGCUCUAGAGAGAAUAAGCUGCGUAAGAAGAAAUUGUCUGAUAAGCUGGGAUCUCAAUGGACCAAAGCAGAGCUUGAGCGGUUCUAUGACUCUUACCGGAAGUACGGACAGGACUGGAGAAAGGUGGCUGCUGCUAUCCGGAAUAGUAGGAAUGUUGAGAUGGUGGAAGCUCUCUUUAAUAUGAAUAAGGCAUAUUUGUCUCUUCCGGAAGGAACUGCCUCUGUAGCUGGCCUUAUUGCUAUGAUGACCGAUCAUUACAGUGUCAUGGAAGGGAGUGGCAGUGAAGGAGAAGGCCCUGAUGUUUCAGAAACACCGAAGAAAGAGAAAAAGCGCAAACGUGCAAAGCCUCAGCUUAGUGAUUCUCGAGAGGAAGUUGAUAGAGAUCAUCCAGUUGCGUCCUCCACUGACGGAUGUCUCAAGUUUUUGAAGCAAGCACGAGGUAAUGGAACUCAUCGACGUGCCACUGGCAAACGUACACCUCGUGUUCCUGUACAAACUUCACGGGAUGAUGGGGAAGGCUCUACUCCACCAAAUAAAAGAGCCAGAAAGCAACGACUUGAUGCCAAUGAUGAUGUUGAACGUUAUUUAGAAUUAGCAUUAGUAGAGGCAUCCAGAAGGGGAGGAGGGUCUCCCAAAGAACUCAGCGACAACUCACCAAUAAAGAACUGGGAGAAAAUGUCACGGACGAGGAAAGCUCAAUCAUGGGUGGGAAGUAGCCGAGAAAAGAAGCGUGAAUCUGAUAUGGAAGAGGUUGGGGAAAUGGAGGUUCCACGGAAGGGGAAAAGGGUCUACAAGAAGAGAGUAAAAGUCGAAGAAGCAGAGGGUGAUUCUUCUGAUGACAACGGAGGAGCAAGCAGUGCUACUGAGGGGCUCAGAGUUAAAUCAAAGAGACGAAAGGCUGGUCGUGAAGCCUCAAGAGGGACAUAUUCACCGCGCAGCCCAAAGAACAUAGAUAACAAACUUACUUCCGGAGAUGAAUUUGAUGCUCUGCAAGCCUUAGCUGAAUUAUCAGCUUCAUUUCUUCCUUCAGCAUUGAUGGAAUCAGAAUCAUCUCCUCAGGUGAAGGAAGAGAGAAUAGAAAACGACAUGGACGAGAAACCUAGCUCACCGGAAGCUACUACGUCCACCAGCAGUCAUGGGGAAAAAGCAAAUUCAGAACCAGAUGAGAGUCUGCUACAUGCAAUCUCUGCUAUUGGGAAUGCUGUUUACAAUAGAAAACCAAAACCUUCAACGCAAGCUUCAACUGAUUGUAAUGCUGGGAAGCUACAGCCGGAACCUACUAGUGCUAGUUUAAGAAGAAAACGCAAACCAAAGAAGCUAGGAGAUGAAUCACCACCUGAUUCUUCUCAGAACAAAUCCAUAAACAAAAAGGAGUUAGCUCAAGAAAACCAUAAUAUGAAGUCCUAUCUUAGAACAAAACGCACUGGUCAAGGUCCCUCUCAGUCAAAACAGUUGAAAACUGCUAAGGAGUUGGAGGAAUCUACUACAAUGAGCGAUAAGAAACAUUCUGCUAUGGAUGUAGUAGUGUCAACUAAACAAGAUUCUGAUUCAUGUCCAGCCACUUCACCACCACAGAAACCUCCAAACAGGCGUAAGGCGAGUCUGAAGAAAAGCUUACAAGAAAGAGCUAAAUCUUCUGAAACCGUUCAUAAAGUUCCUCGUAGUUCCAGAUCUCUUUCAGAACAGGAGUUGUUAUUAAAGGAUGAGCUUUCUACUUAUAUGUCGUAUCCCUUGGCACGUCGAAGGUGCAUAUUUGAGUGGUUUUAUAGUGCUAUCGACCAUCCCUGGUUUGCAAAGAUGGAGUUCGUCGAUUACUUAAAUCACGUGGGACUUGGUCACGUUCCAAGACUCACUCGUCUUGAAUGGAGUGUCAUUAAAAGCUCUCUUGGUAGAGCUCGAAGGUUCUCUGAGAGAUUCUUACAGGAAGAGAGGGAGAAACUCAAGCAGUACCGUGAGUCUGUGAGAAAGCAUUACACAGAGCUUCGAACUGGUGCUAGGGAAGGGCUUCCUACAGAUUUGGCUCGGCCAUUAGCAGUUGGUAACAGAGUCAUUGCCAUCCAUCCCAUAACACGAGAGAUUCAUGAUGGGAAAAUUCUCACUGUUGACCAUAAUCAAUGCAAUGUUCUGUUCGAUGACUUGGGCGUUGAGUUAGUUAAGGACAUUGAUUGCAUGCCUUCAAAUCCAUUGGAAUACAUGCCAGAAGGUCUAAGGAGGCAGAUUGAUAAGUGUUUAUCCAUGAAGAAAGAAGCACAACAAAAUGGGAAUCCAAACCUUGGUUUAUCUGCUAUUUUCCCUCCAUAUGGACUUGAAAAUGCUGACUGUUCCAUGAGUCCUUCUCUGAAUCAGGGUGAUAUGAAUGCUCCUAUUCUGCAUGGUAAAGUAUCAACCGACACUAGUAUCCCACAUCAGACUAAUCAGUCAUGUAUCAUAGAUUAUAGCAAAGGACGAGAAGCUGAGAUUCAGCGAGCACUUGCUCUACAGCAUGCUUUAGAUGAAAAGGAAAUGGAGCCAGAGAUGCUAGAAAUUGUCAAGGUCUCAAAGACAAGAGCGAAAGCAAUGGUGGAUGCAGCUAUUACGGCUGCAUCAUCUGUGAAGGAAGGAGAAGAUGCCAUCAAAAUGAUCCAAGAAGCCUUAGACAUGAUUGGCAAACAUCAGCCGUUACGCAGCUCUAUAGUAGUCAAACAGGAAGAGCACGCAAGUGGCAGCAUUGAGCAUCAUCAUCACAACCCAUCUCCCUCAGACGCAUCAAAGCCUAUGGCUAACAACGAUUCGAUCUCACAAAAUGGUUCAGAGAAAAAAGAGGCUCAAAUGCCUUCAGAGUUAAUCACGUCCUGUGUUGCCACUUGGAUCAUGAUUCAGAUGUGCACGGAGAGGCAGUACCCUCCAGCUUAUGUAGCGCAGCUUAUGGACACAGCAGUCACAAGCUUGCAGCCUCGAUGCCCCCAGAAUCUACCGAUCUACAGAGAAAUCCAAAUGUGUAUGGGACGAAUCAAGACUCAAAUCAUGUCUCUAGUACCAAGUUGAAAAUGCCAAUUCACUUGGGUUAGUGUUUUUUUUUUUUUUGUCUCAUUAGGUAAGUCCAUUCUCUUUUUAACUUAGAGUAGAUGAUGGCAUUAUCACCUGAGAAAAUGGUGUUAGAGGUAAAUGAUGGUAGUUUGCACCAUUGGUUCUGUAACUUAAAAUCUGAUGCUUAUGGUUUUUAUUAUAAUAUUCCAUGAAUGUC